CGCGAUGUUUUGGCUACUCCUUCAGUACGCACAAGACGUAAACGACUCAGCAAACGACGCCACCUCCGUGUCGGAAACACCGACGAAGGACUCACCAGCUCACCGACUCUUCCCCAAGCGUGUCAUUUACUUCCUCUCAGCACUGAUGAUCGAACAUACGCUAGAACGAGCAUGGGGAAUGGGUUGGCGGCGUCUGAAUGUCGACAGUCCAUUUAACAGAUUUACCAUGGAUUUCUCUUUUGAUGAAGAUGUCAGUGAUGACCAGUGGCUUCUUCUCCCGGAACGAGACGUUCUGCAAAUGCUCGAAGAACAAUCGAACCGGCCGGCAACGAGGGACACAGUCAUCCCUAAACUCAGCAAGCUGCUUCGUUACCAUACGCCGAUAUACAAAUACUAUUUCGUGCCACGGAACAGCCUCCGAGACAAGGUCAUCAUCGAAAGACCGUAUCCUGGCCAUGCACCAAUUGUACACACUUAUCCGUUCUCAACACUUGGCCCUAUCACCAGCCACGCUCGACCUCAAUAUGUCAUAUGGGGCACCGUCAUGAAAUGGAAUACCUUCAAUAGCCCUGAAGACGAGGACAUGCGACUUGCUCUCCGUCAAAUACUUGCGUUAAAUGCUCCACAGCUUGGAGGCAGGGGCGAUAAAGCACUCAUCUUACUAUUGGUAUUCGUCUACGACUACUGGAAGGCUAAACGGCCCUUUCCUAACUUCUUUCACCACACUCGAGCGACGCGGCGUUUCCACGCAACCUACGGAGUUCCACCUGCAGUGGAUGAUCAUCAGGAAGCCUAUUUCUCUGGCGAAGAGUCUCACGGUCUGGAGCAAACUUCGGUUGACGCAGAACGAGUGGUGCAGUGGUGUACGGAGUCGGACCUUGCUGCUCGAGAAUCUGGGGGAUGGGAGACAUGUAUUUUGAAUGACCCGCAAAUCGCGGAUUACACCUCAGCCCCGGCUUCGGAUAAUGUACUUCCCCCUCUGACUGCCAAGACCUGGCGUGAAUGGCGGGCUUUGUGGAGACGUCCGCGCGGCAAGCGUUUCAACACCUCACGUUUCUCAAGUAACGACUGGGCCGCACUCGAGCAUCAUACGUACCUGCCGGUAGUGUCAUUGUAAACUGUAAAACAUAUUCAUUUGUCCUCGACGCAUCAAAUUGAAUGCUUGGAUCUUCUAAUUUCCGCUGAUCAUCACACAUACUGGUUAUCGUUGCGCUGUACGGCACACCUGUUUGUGCAGUAUUCCUAAAAUUUUAUUUGCUUACGUUAAUCAUCAUUGGAUAUCAUACAGCAAUUGGGACGAUUCUAUGUCAUUCAUCGCACUUGACUUUUUGCAAUACUUGAUUCAGGCGCAUUUCUCCG